UCAAAAUAUGUGUUAACAGUUAGUUUUGAUUUGUAUUCUCGCUUCUUUUCUAUCGUUCCCUUCAAACCUACGCAAACGAACGAAAAUUUUCAAACAAUCAUAUACAGUAAAGUGUACCGUAUACUAUGAUAUUAUCAGGUUCUACUUUAAUCAUUCUGGUUAACCGUUAGCCGGACAAGCCGUAUUAUUUUUGCUUUUUCUACAUCUAAAAACAUGUAAAAAAAAACUACAUGUAAAAAAUAACCGUAUUAUAACAAUCGACUCUAGAAAAACAACAUAAUGCGUUAAAAGAAUGACUUCUAUAUGAACAUGUAAUUUUUCAGAUAAAUAUGAAGAACUAAAAGAAAAUAAAAAGCAAUAGAGAAAUUUCAGUUCUGUAGUCUGAAGAAAUUUUUUUUUUGUCUAGAAUUUUUUCUUCAAGAUACAUUGAACGAACAUAUAGAGAGGAAAAAAAUUGAAAAGAAAAAUAAUGUGAAAUAGUUUCAACUUCUGAUAUUCUUCUUCUUUUUUUUUGUAAAAUACAUGUAGAAAUAUGAAUUCUUUUAUUCUUUUUUUUUCUCAAUCUAUUGGGAAAAUUCCGAGUUCAUUUGAACUUUAAAAAAAACAAAGCAGUAUAGUAAAUAAUGAAAUGUUCUCUAAUGAAGUUGCUAAUAUCUAAUUAUACACAUAAAGAAAAGAUGAUUCUAUUAAAUUCAAUAUGAAUAUAAUGAAGAUUUUUUUUCUUUUCAUUAAUUCUUUUUAAUUAAUUUAUUUCUAUUAUUCAUGACUCUCUCUCGUUCUACCUAUUAGUCGAUAAAAGAAUAUGAGAUUCCAAUGUUUUCUAUAUAUAUAUGCGCACUCAUAAUUAGAUCUUUCAUAAGACUAAAAAAAAAAUCAUUAUUUGUAACAGAUUGACUACGGUGAUCUAUUUUUCUUUCCAAGCAAAAAAAGAACUUUAUUUAUUUGUAUAUUUAUAUGCUUCAUAAAUUAAGAUGAUUUACAUUUCAAUAGAUUCAUAUAGUCUCUGAAGAUAUUUCAACCCUACGAAAAAUCUAUUCUAAAGGCCACUAAUUCAAAUACAAGAUCAAAGAUAGUUGAGAAAAAACAAAACGUUUUGUUUUUUCAACCAUGUAUCAGUAAAUUGAUAUUAUCUAUCUAGUAUCAGACAAAAAAAAAGAAAAACAUCUAUCAAUAGUUAUUUUAUGAUAAAUUAAGUAAUAAAGAAAACCAAAAAGAAAAGAAAAGAAAACAAAAUAAAUAAUUUUUUGAUAGCGCCACCUCCACUAUCAAAAGAGAAUAUUGGAAACGAAACGAAACUUGGAACGAUGUUGAUAUUGCAAAAGUUCCAAUGAACUUUUCACUUUUUUCUCUCUAUACUCUCUCGCUCUUAUUUUGUCUUCUCCUUUCUCUCUAUUUCAGUCCCUCCAUUAAACGGAAGUUCAAUUGACAUUCAUCCAAAUGCUCGAUGGCAACAGAAUGGUAUCACUGUAGCUGGAGGAAAUCGACAAGGCAAUGGAAUCAAUCAACUCUCAAACCCAUUGGGUUUGUAUGUUGAUGAUGAUCAAAUAAUCUAUGUUGCUGAUCAAUCGAAUCACCGUAUUGUGGAAUGGAAAUGGGGUGCAAUGAGUGGCCACGUGGUUGCCGGUGGAAAUGGACCAGGAAGUGGGGAUCAUCAAUUAUCUAACCCACAAGAUGUGAUUGUCGACAAAGAGAGAGAUAGUCUCAUCAUCUCCGAUCGUGAGAAUAGAAGAGUGGUUCGAUGGCCUCGUCGAAAUGGAACAAGUGGAGAAACAAUCAUCUCCAACAUCUAUUGUUUGGGUUUGACAAUGGAUGAGAAUGGAUCUCUCUAUGUCUCUGACUUUGAAAAACAUGAAGUGAGACGAUAUCGAAGAGGAGAAUCUCAAGGAAUAGUGGUUGCAGGUGGCAAUGGAAAUGGAAAUCGUCUUGAUCAACUCUCUAUCCCACGAUACGUAUUCGUCGAUCGAGAUCAUUCAGUAUAUGUGUCUGAAUGGGGAAACGAUCGUGUGAUGAAAUGGAUGGAAGGUGCAAAACAAGGCAUUGUUGUGGCUGGUGGUCAAGGAAAAGGAAAUGGUCUUACACAAUUGUCAGAUCCUCGAGGAGUCGUUGUCGAUCAAUUGGGCACUGUCUAUGUGGCUGAUCUAGGGAAUAAUCGAAUCAUGCGUUGGCCCAAAGGAGCCACACAGGGAAGUGUCAUUGUUGGUGGAAACGGUAGAGGAGGACAAUCGAAUCAACUCCAUUGGCCCAUCGAUUUGUCAUUCGAUCGAGACGGCAAUCUCUAUGUCGUUGAUAACCAAAAUCAUCGAGUACAAAAAUUCGAUAUCGAUUCAAACAAAUAAACAAAAUAAGGUCAAUAUUCAUCAUAAAGACUUAAUUAACUAUUUCCAAUUAAUCAAUUAAUUAAAUAAUCACGAAGCGGGUGUGGGUGUGGGUGGGUGUGGUGGUGGCGUGGGGUGUGGGUGUGGGUGGGUGUGGGGUGUGGUGGUGUGGGGUGUGGUGGUGUGGGUGGGUGUGGGUGGGUGUGGGGUGUGGUGGUAUGGGUGUGGGUGUGGGUUUGAGUGUGGGUGUGGGUUUGGGUGUGGGUUUGGGUGUGGGUAUAGAUCUGUUAUUCACUCACACCCACACCCACACCCACACCCACACCAACACCCACAUCCACACCCUCUAAAAUGUUCCCGAUAUUUCGUCCUUGGAAAAAAUGUCCUUCGUCGAAAUGUCCUUCGAUAAAAUGUCCUUGCAAAAUGUUUCCUUAGUAUAAAAAUGAACAUUUUAAGAAUGAAAGACAUUUUUUUGAAGAAUAUUUUAACGAGGAACAUUUUUCCGGAGGACAUUUUUUCGAAAGACAAAAUAUCGCGGAUAUUUUUGAAAGGACAUUUUUCCAGGGACACUUUAGACUGUUACCAAAAAUCGGCUCAUCCGUGAAGUGUCAAGAUUUUCACAUAUCAACUCGAAUAAAGAAAAUAUAGAUGGGAGUCGAUGUUCUCAUCAUUCUCCAGUUGUAUUACUAAUUCUAUUCGAUUGUAAUUAAGCUUAUGCAGUAGAGCUAAUUAUGAAAUGUGCAAUGAAAGCCAAAUAUAAUUAAAAUAAGGAAGUUAUUGACCAUGGAUAAAUUCGAUAGAUGUAAAAGAUAUGUGUAAAUAGACGAACAAUAUAGUAUAAUCAAAUAUUCCUGCGUUGGAGUGGAGCGUACACAUCACCACAAGUGAGAAUACUUCCUAUUCCCAAAAGUUACACAUUCCUGCAUCGCCUUCUGAAUUUCUGCAAUCCAGAACUUGUGCACAUCUCGAAUCUCUAGGAAAUGCAGGAAUUCCUAGGCAUUCCUGCCUAUUCCGAAAUUACAAAUAACUCAUGGAUGGCAAAAUGAUCAUUUAUCGAGCUUGAUUAAAUGCAAACCGGAAUUCCGGAAUUUGUGCACAUCAGGAAUCACUAGGAAAUCCAGGAAUUCCUGCUCAUUCCUGCACAUUCCUGCCUAUUCCGGAAUUACAAAUAUCUCAUGGAUGACUGCAUGAUCAUUUAUCGAGCUUGAUUAAAUGCAAACCGGAAUUCCAGAAUUUGUGCAUAUCCGGAAUCACUAGGAAAUGCAGGAAUUCCUGCUCAUUCCUGCUCAUUCCUGCACAUUCCUGCACAUUCCUGCACAUUCCUGCUCAUUCCUGCUCAUUCCUGCACAUUCCUGCACAUUCCUGCUCAUUCCUGCACAUUCCUGCUCAUUCCUGCACAUUCCUGCCUAUUCCGGAAUUACAAAUAUCUCAUGGAUGACUACACGAUUAUUUAUCGAGCUUGAUUAAAUGCAAACCGGAAUUCCGGAAUUUGUGCAUAUCCGGAAUCACCAGGAAAUGCAGAAAUUCGUGGUCAUUCCUGCACAUUCCUGCCUAUUCCGGAAUUACAAAUAUCUCAUGGAUGACUACAUGAUCAUUUAUCGACCCAGGUCCAAGAGGGGACAUCGGAUCCUGUAGGUUCCAAAUAAUUCCGGCUGGAACCUGUACAAAUUCUGCCGGAAUCCUAACUAACGGAUUCCGACGUCGGAUAUCGUCGGAAUCCGGCAAAAUCCGACCGAAUCCUGUCUAUUCUUGCCGGGUUUUGCCAGAUUCCGGCGAUAUCCGCACUGGAAUCCGUUAGUUAGGAUUGAUUGACCUGGGGAGCUUCAAUAAAUACAAACCGGAAUUCCGAAAUUUGUGCAUAUCCGGAAUCACUAGGAAAUGCAGGAAUUCCUGGUCAUUCCUGCACAUUCCCGCCUAUUCCGGAAUUACAAAUAUCUCAUGGAUGACUGCAUGAUCAUUUAUCGAGCUUGAUUAAAUACAAACCGGAAUUCCGGAAUUUGUGCACAUGCGGAAUCACUAGGAAAUGCAGGAAUUCCUGCUCAUUCCUGCUCAUUCCUGCUCAUUCCUGCCUACUCUGGAAUUACAAAUAUCUCAUGGACGGCUAAAUGAUCAUUUAUUGGGCUUGAACAAAUGCAAAGCGGGUGUGGGUGUGUGUUUGGGUGGGUGUGGUGUGGGUGUGGGUGGGUGUGGG